UCUAAUAGCUCCAAAAAUCUCGAAAUUGCAACAACACAAUUCUUUCUUUUGCGCGGGAAUUACUAACUUCUAUCGUCAAAAGAUUUCCGUUAGGUUUUUGCAUCUUUUCAUAAAACAAAAUACAAACUCGUUGUUUUAGUUGCGAGAUUUAAGGAACCUCAAAUUCUAUUGAUUGCUCUCAGUUUCCUUUUUUGAAUCAAGCUUUCACAUAGGUUUAUCAUAUGGACGCUUCGUCUGUCAGAAAUCUCUGCCGACAUUUGAUUUCGUCGGCGAUUCAACGAUGUCGUAUUUCAGGGGAACUUUGUCGAUUAUCCGUCGGUCUGAAAUCGUUUCCACUUGCCAAUCCUCCUUUAGUUCGUAUCUCAAUUUCUGAUACGGGAGUUGGAAGCUGCUUGGAGGAGUUUCAGGAUGUGAAGUAUCUAAGUCAUUCAUCAUUGAAUCAGAUACAUGAUGGAGUUAUAUCAAUCGCCACUACCAGAGUUUGCGAUAAUGAAAUAUUUCACUACAAUAUAGAUCUAAAACAAAAAGAUUGCACAAAAAGGCUAGCAACAUUACCUCUAACCCCCAAAAAUGGAGCAACAUUCAGUGGGACUGAAGUAUCAUUCUCAACAUUUCAUAGUAUUGAUGUUUUACUAGAAGACAUUACUUGCUUUUUCCAGAAGAUGCUCAUUAUGAAGAUUCCUAAGGUUGGAAUUGAACUGAUUGUGGACAAGGGAGAAUUUCCUGAGCACCAAUGUGCAAAUGUUAUAGUGGCAAAUGAGUGCAUUGAUUUACCUUCAGAAGCAAAUGCUGAAUGCCUCAAGUCAGGCCUUGUGGAUUAUGUUCUCAAGCAUUGGAAUAAAAAAGAUAGUAUAUGCAGUUCUUGCUUUACAAUCAAGGAUCAUUUGAAAGUAGGAAGUGGGGAGGUCUACAAAAGUUAUAGGAAUACUGAAACAACAAUAGAAGCUGUGGUUAUAAUCAGUGACUUAUCAGAGAUGAUGAUGGAUCCAUCCUGUUUCAGGGCGUGUGGUAGUAAAACCGAGGUUUUAUACUUCAAUGAUUUCUCACCUGGAAUAACUUCUCAACCAUUAUUAAAAGCAUUAAAAACCAUGGAUUGGAAAAGCUAUGGACUAAGCAUAAAAUCCAUAUCAGAUGAAGAUGGUUGUGCUUUUAUUGAAUGGGACAAUUUGCCACAAGAUUGUCAUAUUGACAUUGCUAUCCACUCUCACCAUAACAAAUGUAUUUUCUUAAUGUUUACCAAGCGUGUGAAUGUUGAUGGAAAUCUUGUUAAGAAAGCUGUGAAGCUUGCAUUGAAUGACUUAAAGGAAAAGAAUGCUGGAGUUCUUCUCAGUGCACAUGCAGUUAAGAUUCGCAGUUAUGCUCCAGAGCUUGCGAAAACAAUUGCAAGCCUGAUUUCGACCUCAAAUGACUUGAAAUUUAAAGGAGAAUGUGCUUCUCUGCUUGGCAUACAUUCUUCUCAUGAUGAUGAAGAAUCAGAAUCCAUUGAAGAUAACAUCAAACAGAGGCUUACUUCAAUUAUAGACCAGAAUGACAGACAACCUCAGACUAAUAAGAGAACCAGAGAGUCUGCACCUCUUCUUUUUAAUGAUGAAUGCUUUCAGGAACCAGAAGAAUAUGAAGAUGAGGUAAGCUUUUCUGCUUUUGAUCUAUAGAAUAAAUACGUCUACGAUUUCCAUUAUCAACUCUUCUUUCAAUAUAAAAUAUACCAUAUAGCAUUGUACUUAGAAAAUAUACUCAAUUAUUAUAAUGUUUACGAUUCAA